CUUUUUUGUCUCUCAGACAUUUUGUUGUACUUGUAGCAGUAGGCAUUGUAUACGGCCGGUCCACCUCUAUAGUCCUAUGCAGGAGUUAAUCAGUGUGUGGGUUCGGGAUCCUCGCAUUCAGAAGGUGGACUUCUGGCAUGCGUAUCUGGAUUAUGAAAUCUGCAUACAUACAAACAGCUUGGCCUUCAAUAAGAAGAGCUCUUGUGUGCGACGGAGGUACAGUGAGUUUGUAUGGUUGAGGCAGAAGCUGCAGGAGAAUGCCUUGCUUGUGGUGAAUCUACCUGAGCUUCCCCCGAAGAACCCCUUCUUCAGCCUCAACAAUGCCAGACAGAUCGCUGCUCGCAUGGAAGGACUAAGGCAGUUCCUGGAAGAGAUUCUGCGAAACACAGUGUUGCUGUCUGAUAGCUGCCUGCACCUAUUUCUGCAAUCUCAGCUAAGUGUAAAGAAUAUUGAGGCCUGUGCUGAGGGCAAGAGUCACUACACUGUCGCUGAGGCCAUUCAGAACUCCCAGACACAACGUUUUGGUUCUGAAGAGAAGUCACAAGAGGGGAGAGAAACUGACUCAGAGUGACUGGCUUCUGUCUCAUUUAUUUUGGUUAUGGCUCAUGGUUAAACUCUGAAAAAAUUUAAUCAUAGUGUAUUUGCUACAGCAUCCAGAAUUCAAGCCAUCCAACCCAAAAUGGGAUAAAUAAGUAUGUAAAGUGUAAUUGCUAAAUGAUUCAUCCAAGCUACAUUUCCUUUUCCUUUUUGUGCUGAGAAUAUAUACUGUAUCUAUAUAAUAUUUAUCUUUAUUGCCCAAUAAUAAAGCCUUAUUGGGACUGAAUUUGUGAGAAAACAUUGAACGUGUGGUCCCUGUAUGAAAUAUUUUAAUGUUUGAACCACAGAUGGUUCUUGAGUGUUUUAUAGGAUGAAUUUACUGUACCCUUGCAAAUGAUCAUUAACUGUCUCUGAACAAGCCAACCUAAAGGAUAUUUUAAGUGAGCCCCCUGAGGGAUGAAUUCUGGCGAUUGUGUAGAUCAUUGUUAUGCUGUUAAGUGUCAUAAUCAUAGGCCAGAAAGACUCAUAACACAGUUGUAUUUAAAAACUGAUUUCACAAUUGGUAACUCUGACAACUGUUUGAAACGCUGUGUGAUUUUUGCCAGCAGGUGGCGCUUCUACUAUGUUUGUUUUCUCAAUGUCUGCUACACUACUGAGCUCUCUAAUUCUCUGGUCCACUUUAGUCUUUAUUGUGCAGAUCAGAGUAUAAUGGAGUUUAAUACACAUUGUCUGGAUGUGACUUGGACAUGUUGAAUGAUUUCACUACAGAUCAUGGAAAUUAAAAAAAAAUGAAAAAAUAAAAAUAUAAACAAAAUGUU